UAUGCAGUAUUUAUAGAUAUAGAUAGUCAGAGAAUCUAAAUAUCCAAUAUACUAUCGUUGUUGAAUAUACAAUAAAAAGUUUGAGAUACUUUUUGCUAGGUACAUCUCACAGAUAAACCGAAAAACUCUAUACUACAUAAGACAUAACCUUCUUUCCAAGCCUUAUACGUAGGAAAUUACACGUGAACAUUUGUUUUAACUUGUUAUAUUAACUCGAUCAGUGGCUGAAGAGUCUGCUGUUAGAGCAAAGUGCCUCUACUGUAGUAAUUCAUAUACUGUAGUAAAUGAGCAUUUGUUAAGCCAUGGAUGUCAAGAACAUUGUCAAAGUUUUUCUUUGGGGUUUCUAUCUCCUAAUACCUUCCUCUCUUGGAGCUGACACCAUCACAGGAAAUGAGUAUCUUUCAGGGGAUCAAACAAUGAUCUCCGCCACCGGUCUGUUUGAGCUUGGAUUCUUUAAACCAGGUAACACUUCCAACUACUACAUAGCCAUUUGGUAUAAGAAAAUUCCUGGAAAAGCUGUAAUUUGGGUUGCCAAUAGAGAUAAGCCUGCUUCAAACAAGUAUACCUCAAAGCUAAGAAUCUCGGAGGAUGGUAACUUAGUUCUUGUAAGUAGUGAGUCUAAGUCACUAAUUUGGUCCACAAGCUUGCACAACAACACAUCUAAGCCCUUAAAAGCUGUCCUCCUAGACGAUGGAAAUCUCGUAUUGAGAGAUGGGUCUAACUCGAGUUCUCCCCUGUGGCAGAGUUUUGAUCAUCCGACUGAUACACUUAUGCCGGAUGGCAAGUUAGGAUUGAGUAAAGUAUUCAAGUCCAGUCAAGUUCUUACUUCUUGGAAGAACUUGGAGGACCCUGGAACGGGUCUUUUUACUAUUGAACGAGAUCCUAAGGCUAGUCAGUUUAUUAUGCUGUGGAACAAAACUGAAAAAUAUUGGAGUAGUGGCCUGUGGAUUCCUGACCAACAGAUUUUCAGCUUACUCCCUGAACUUAGGUUCCUCAAAACACAGCUUUAUAGCUUCAGCUAUAUUGAUAAUGAAAAUGAGACUUAUAUAUCUUACUCUGUUCAUGAUCCUUCAAUUGUAACAAGGUUAGUCAUGGAUGUUUCGGGGCAGCUCAAGCAGCUAACAUGGCUUGAAAGUUCACAGCAAUGGGUUCUAUUUUGGUCACAGCCUGGACAGCAGUGUGAAGUUUAUUCUUUUUGUGGAGCUUUUGCUAUUUGUAACCAAUCAUCUCUACCAUAUUGUCAUUGUUUGCAAGGUUUUGAGCCAAAUUCGGGAGUUGAGUGGGGUUUGAAUGAUUACUCGGGUGGCUGUGGUAGAAAGACCAAGUUACCAUGUGACGGUGGUACAAAUGAAGAUAAGUUCUUGGUAAGUCCCAGUAGAGUUUUACCAGAACAUCCACAUUUUGUCUCGGUCUCCACUGUAGGAGAAUGUGAAUCGGCUUGUUUAGAAAAUUGCUCGUGCACUGCUUUUUCUUAUGAUGAUAACGGUUGCUUCAUUUGGUUUGCAGACCUCUUGAACAUGAGACAACUUCCAGAUAAUAGUGGCAAAAGUCUUCACAUUAGAGUUGCAGCCUCAGAUGUCCAAACAAGUCGAAAUAAGAAAUUAGUCAUCGUUAUUUUGGUAGGCUUAGGUUUUGGUUUGGUAGCUCUUUUAGGCCUAUUUUUCAUUGUUUAUUGGAGACAGAAAAGGCGCUUACUCAUAGCAACAAAAACUAUGGAGCACUCACUGACACGAUUUGUGUACAGAGAUCUGCAAUCUGCCACUAAGAAUUUCUCUCAGAAACUCGGAGCAGGAGGUUUUGGAUCUGUUUUCAAAGGAAUUUUGCCAGACUCAACAGCCAUAGCUGCUAAGAAGCUUGACAGCAUCAACCACAGUCAAGGGGAGAAGCAAUUCAGAGCAGAAGUCAGUGCAAUUGGGAUGAUUCAGCACGUUAAUCUAGUUCGCCUUCGUGGGUUUUGCUCAGAAGGCUCAAAAAGGUUGUUGGUUUACGAAUAUAUGCCAAAUGGAUCAUUAAACACACAUCUUUUCAAAAGAGAGAACUUGCAGAUUUUGAGCUGGAGAGUGAGGUAUCAAAUAGCAGUGGGAACAGCAAGGGGAUUGGCUUAUUUACAUGAAAAAUGCAGGCAUUGCAUCAUACAUUGUGACAUAAAGCCAGAAAAUAUUCUCUUGGAUGCUGAAUUUUGUCCAAAAGUUGCAGAUUUCGGGCUAGCGAAGCUUGUAGGGAGGGAGUUUAGUCGCGUUUUAACAACAAUCAGAGGUACAAGAGGCUACUUGGCACCAGAAUGGAUCUCAGGAGAUGCAAUAACAGCAAAAGCUGAUGUUUAUAGCUAUGGGAUGAUGCUGUUUGAACUUGUAUCAGGUAGAAGAAACGUCCAACAAGCAAGUGAAGGGGGGUUGUUGGACUUCUUCCCGACUUGGGCUAUGGAAAAAUUAACUGAAGGUGAAGACAUUUUAAGCAUUUUAGACCCUCGAUUGGAAGGAGACGCAGAAAAAGAUGAUGUUAUGAGAAUUUGCAAACUUGCAUGUUGGUGUAUCCAAGAUGAAGAAAGUCAAAGACCAUCAAUGGGGCAGGUUAUUCAGGUUCUUGAGGGAUUUUUGGAUGUUGAUAUGCCUCCAAUGCCGCGGUCUCUCCGAAUAUUUGGUGGUACUGCAGAAAGUCCGGUAUUUUUCAGUGAAUUUUCAUCGAGUCAGUAUUCAACUGAACGAAGUGGCUAUGCGUCAGCUACUUCUAUGAGCCAGGACAGCUCCACAUAUAUAAGUGCUACGUCCUAAAUUUAGCUCCACUAGUACAUCUAUUCUUCCACUCUUCUUUCUUUUCAUGAUUUGUAUGGCUUUCUUAUGAUUUUGUGACAAUAAACAUGGUCGAUUUUAGGCAA